AUGGCUCUAACAGCCCGCCUCUCCUUUAUAAACACCACCCAGGACGAGUCCUCAGAUGACCCGGAAGACCUCUUUGCCGGCUCCCUCGGCGUCAUCUUCACCGACGACGUGACCAAUCAGCACGGCGACGCCUCCACCGCCCUCCAUUACACGUCCCCGCACCUGUCCAAGCCGCUGCGGAUCGAGUUAUCCGACCCCAAAAUCGCCGAAGACCGCUCGCUGUUUAGCCACUUCCUCUGGAACGCCUCUCUGCUGCUGGCGGAGCUGAUCGAGGCCGGCACGCUGGGUUUGAAGGCGGGAGAGGACACGACCGGCGCAGGCGCGGGGACGGUUGAUGUAGGGAAAAGGGUGGCGGUGCCGCCGCUGGCGGACUUUGACAUUCGCGGCCGAUCGACGAUCGAGAUGGGAGCUGGAACAGGGUUGCCGAGCCUCAUGGCUGCGCUGCUGGGAGCGAAGAGGGUGCUGGUGACGGACUACCCGGCGCCGGUGGUGAUUGAGAAUUUGAGGAAGAAUGUUGAGCUGAACCUGAAGGAUCAGAAAGGCGCAAGGGGCGUCGAGGUCGCGGUCGAGGGACACGGGUGGGGCGACUUGGAAACGCCGCUGGCGCUGGAGAACAAGGGCGCGUUCGACCGCGUCUUGUGCGCCGACUGCCUGUGGAUGCCGUGGCAGCACGAGAACCUGCGGCGGUCGAUCGCGUGGUUCCUGAGCGAAGAAGACCCGGGCGCGCGAGCGUGGGUCGUGGGCGGCUAUCACACCGGCCGGGAGAAGAUGCGGGGGUUCUUUGACGCGGAGAAGCUGAGGGAGGUCGGGCUCGAGGUGGAGAGGCUGUGGGAAAGGGACUGCGACGGGAAUGACCGGGAGUGGGCGUGGGAUCGUGGGGCAGAGGAUCUGGAUAUUACGGGUCGGAAAAGGUGGUUGGCUGUUUCCGUGCUGAGGAGGAUACGGAAGGAUGUGGAUGACGGCAAGGCUGAGAGGUGA